GGGAGAUGGGUAUUCGAACCCCAAGUCCUCCCCAUAAGGUAAAUGGAGCAAUAUCACUAAGUUACAAGGCUCUUGGCUCUCAUGAGAGUUAAUUGAUUCUGUGAUUUGGGUUUUAGUUCUUUGUAUCAGCUCUACUAAAAUUUUGAUUGCCUUAUAUGUUCUUGUGUUCUUUUGGUCAUGAGGAUGAGCCACAGAUGGGUGAAGGGCUUCAAUGACAAUGUUUGACAAAUUUUACAGCUUAUUUUAAAGGAAGUCAUGAAGAAAGGAACAGAAGGAGUAAUGCCCUCAGAGAGGGAAGUUUUCAGCCUUUCAGGGCCAGUACAUCUCACAGCUGUUGACUGGAACAACAUACAUCACCGAAGAUCUAUUGCAGCCAGCUUGGUUCAAGGAGUGUACAUUCUUGAACGUGAUCGCCAGAAGAAUCGACAUGGAUCCCAAGCUCUUGCUCUACCUUGGUGGGACUGCUUCCAUUUCCAAUUAAAUCAUAUGCUCAUAGAUGAUGAUGACUUAUCCAUAUUUGGUGCUGUUUAUGAAUACAAAUACCCCUCUGCUCCAAACAUUCCACAAUAUGUUAUUGCCUUCCGUGGCACAAUCACCAAAUCAGACACAAGGUUACAGGACCUCAAGUUAGACUUCCAGUGCGUCCGUAACAAUCUUCACCAGAGUUCCCGGUUUCAACUUGCAAUGCAUUAUGUUCACAACACAGUUUCUUCAUCUAAAGGUGCAAGUGUGUGGUUGGCUGGACAUUCUCUGGGGUCAGCUAUGGCAUUGCUUGCAGGAAAGAACAUGGCCAAGAUAGGUUAUUUCCUUGAAACAUAUCUUUUAAAUCCACCAUUCUUCUCUCUCCCCAUUGAGGGGGGUUUCGAGGAUGAAAGAGUGAAGCUUGGAAUCCGCUUUGCAAGCAGUGUUGUCAAAGCAGGCCUCAGCCUUGCUGUAAAUGGUCGCCAACAUCAUAAGGCUCAAUCACAUGAUCCUUUUGUAGUGUUAUCUGCGUGGGUCCCUUACCUUUUUGUGAACCCAGCUGAUCCUAUUUGUUCAGAAUAUAUUGGAUACUUUGAACACAGGAAGAAGAUGGAGGAGAUUGGAGUUGGAAAACUUGAGAAGGUUGCAACAAGAAAUUCCAUGAGGAAUCUACUCUCCAGUGCAUUGAGAAUGGAUUCAGGUUCAGAAGCACUGCAUCUCCUUCCUUCAGCAUAUCUGACCAUUAAUAGGGGUCAAUUCCCAGAUUUUAAACGUGCUCAUGGAAUUCAUCAGUGGUGGAAUCCUUAUUUUCCUUGUCAAUCUAUGCUUUAUAAGUACAACACAACUUGAAUUGAAUGAAGGAGUGCUUUUUGUGAACAGGCCCAAAAGACCCUACCCAAUACAGCCCCCCAAGUCUGUCGAGGCAGAAUGAGUCUUGGCAAAGCUUCAGUCUGACCCAGAAGUGGCUCUAGGGAUGCUUCUUAUGCUUGAUAUGUUGUUUAUUUGCUUUUUAACAUGUGUGGAGCUUUCCAAAAUAAGAUUGACACAGUUUUUUUUUUUUUGGGUGAAUAAAAGCGGCUGAGUAUUUAUGUGA